AUCUUUUAUGUAUCAGAUAAAGACUAUAUUUUUUACUGAAACUUUGAUAGUUUUGUGAAAAGCUAUCAAACUUGUAAUAUUUCUUCACUUAUUUUAAGCUUAUUUGAUUGCUUGCACUAUUCCCCAUUCUUUUUUUAAUUUCAAAAAAUUAUCAGCACUUUCAGUUUUGAAUUUAUUUUCAACUGUCCUGAGAACUUUUGAAACAGAAAGACAGUGAAGAAUGGCUAUAGAACCAAAUACUAAGAGAAAUAAAUAAAGCCUUCUGUGCUGUGUCCUGGGUUUCUUGUCUUUCUUUCCCUGGCUGCUCCUCAUAGAAUCAUGGAUUGCUCCUUUAUCUAUGUCAUAAAGAGAUGCUAUCUCUAAAAAAUCUAUUUAGCCAGUGAGAACUGGAAUGGAUUGCAUAAUCACGGAAAGAGGCUGAGUUGGUUUGGGAAAAAUGAAGUCUAGUGCACAGUAAGACAAAGAUAGGCAGGAAGAUCAAGAAGUGGGUUGAUUGGCUACCUCUUGCAAAUCGCCUGGAGCUAUUAUAAUGUCUAGGCAGAUGCACCCCACAGGGAUAGAAAAUUGUCCAGCUAUCCGUUUACAACAGCACAGAAGAGAAAGAUGUCACAACAGAAUCCAGCCAAUGGAGGAAGAGGAAGAGAAACAGAAACGCCGAACCAAGAAAAAUGUGGGGGACCCAGACAUUGUGAAGUCCCCUAGUGACCAUAAAGAAUACCGGUACAUCGAAUUAAAGAAUGGCUUGCAUGCACUCUUAAUCUCUGAUUUGACUGCUGAUGAGUGCAAUUCUUCAUCAGAUGAGGAAGCAGAGGAUCGGAUGUCUUCUGGAAAUGAAACAGAUGAUGAUGAAAAUAUUGUUGCAGACCAAGGCAGUAGCAUUGAGGAAGAUGGGAGGAAAGAUGGGAAUGUAGGCUCUGAAGAUGAAUCAGAAAGACAAAGAAUAAGAGAAAGAGUAAAGAACAAGUAUGGGAGAAAGAGUAAAGAUUACGAGGACUCUGAUAUAUAUGAAGAACUGGUGAAACAAGAAGAUGCCAAUAAGAUGGGGAGUGCAGAAAAACAAUCUGCAGCUGCCCUUGCUAUUUGCAUUGGCAGUUUCUGUGACCCGGAUGAUUUACCUGGACUAGCUCAUUUUCUGGAACACAUGGUAUUCAUGGGUAGCAAAAAAUACCCAGAUGAAAAUGGAUUUGACACAUUCCUCAAGAAACAUGGUGGCUCGGACAAUGCUUCAACAGAUGCAGAACGGACAGUCUUCCAUUUUGAUAUCCAGAAGAAAUAUUUUAAAGAAGCCCUUGACAGAUGGGCACAGUUUUUCAUUCAUCCUCUGAUGAUUAAAGAUGCAAUUGACCGUGAAGUUGAAGCUGUGGAUAGUGAAUAUCAAAUAGCAAGGCCCUCUGAUGCUAACAGAAGGGAAAUACUGCUUGGAAGCCUUGCAAAACCAGGAUAUCCUAUGAGAAAAUUCUUUUGGGGUAAUGCAGAAACACUUAAACAUGUGCCAAAAAAGAAAAACAUUGACACAUAUGCAAGACUACGGGAUUUCUGGAAACGUCACUACUCAGCCCACUACAUGAAUCUUGUUGUUCAAUCAAGAGAAAUCCUGAAUACUUUGGAAAAAUGGGUGACUGAAAUCUUCUCUCAAAUCCCAAAUAAUGGAUUACCCAAACCAACUUUCAAUUACCUGAAGGAUCCAUUUGAUACACCUGAAUUCAACAAGAUUUACAGAGUUAUUCCAGUGAAAGAAAUACAUUCACUGAGCAUCUCUUGGGCUCUUCCCACACAAGAAAAGAAUUAUAGAGUGAAGCCUCUUUUCUACAUCUCUUGGCUAAUGGGACAUGAAGGGAAAGGCAGUGUGCUUUCAGUUCUCAGAAAGAAGUUUUGGGCUCUUGCAUUAUUUGGAGGUAACGGUGAAACAGGAUUUGAACAAAACUCUGCAUAUUCCCUCUUCAGUAUUUCGGUGACUUUGACAGAUGAAGGUUUGGAACAUUUCUAUGAGGUUAUUCAUCUUAUAUUCCAAUACUUGAAGAUGUUGAAAAAAAAUGGCCCUGAAAAAAGAAUAUGGGAAGAAAUUCAGAAGAUUGAAGGCAAUGGAUUUUGUUUCCAGGAACAGGCUGAUCCCCUUGAGUAUGUAGAAAACAUUUCUGAGUAUAUGCACAUAUAUCAGAAGGAAGACCUAUUGAUAGGAGAUCAGCUACUGACUGAGUAUAAACCUGAAAUCAUUGCUGAUGUCCUCAAUCAUCUCACGCCUCAAAAAGUAAACAUCUUUUUCUUAUCUCCUAUCCACGAGGGGAUGUGUCACUUGAAAGAAAAAUGGUUUGGGACAAAAUACUGUGUAUCAGACAUUGAUGAAUACUGGAGAAAACUGUGGGCCACUGAUUUUGAAUUAAAUCCAGAGUUCCACCUCCCAGGAGAAAAUAAAUACAUAGCCACAGAUUUCUCUGUGAAGCCAUUCAGCAAGAAGGCCACUGAAUAUCCCCAAAAGAUACUGAACACACCACAAGGUUGUUUGUGGUACAAGGAAGACAACAAAUUUGGUGUCCCCAAAGCAUUUAUCUGUUUCUAUCUGGUGUCUCCAUUGAUACAACAGUCUGCAUUGAAUGUAGUCCUUUUUGAUGUUUUUGUAAACAUCCUCUCCCAAAACCUUGCUGAACCAGCAUAUGAAGCAGAUGUUGCUCAGUUGGAAUACAAAGUUUUAGCUAAAGAGCAUGGCCUCAUCAUUCGAGUGAAAGGUUUCAACCAUAAGUUACCUCUGCUUUUUCAGCUUGUCAUUAAUCACUUGGCUGACCUCAGUAUCUCACCUUCAGCUUUCCAGAUGAUAAUUGAGCAUGUAAAAAAAACAUAUUUUAACUAUCUCAUCCAAACAGAUACAUUGUCAAAAGAUCUGCGACUCACAGUACUGGAGUAUGGCAGAUGGUCCUUAACAGAGAAGUAUCAGACUAUUACUAACGGCAUUUCCUUAGAAUCUUUUCUGGAAUUUGUGAAAGCUUUCAAGUCACAGCUGUGGGUAGAAGGACUUGUCCAAGGAAAUUUUACAGCUCAAGAAUCAAAGGAGUUUAUGAAUUAUAUUGUUCAAAAACUAUGUUUUCUUCCUCUAAUACAUCCAUGUCCUAUCCAGUUCCGGGUAAUAGAACUGCCAAAUGCUCACAUCCUGUGUAAAGUGAAAUCGCUUCACAAAGGAGAUCCAAACUCUGAUGUCACUGUCUACUACCAGACUGGUGCUAAGAAUUUAAGAGACUAUUCACUCACCGAAUUACUUGUGAUACACAUGGAGGAGCCAUGCUUUGACUUCCUGAGAACCAAGAAUACCUUGGGCUACCAGGUCUACCCUUCCAUACGAAAUACAUCUGGGAUCUUGGGUUUCUCUGUUACCGUAACAACACAAGCAGCCAAAUAUAACACAGAAUUUGUUGAUAGAAAAAUAGAAGAAUUCAUGGUACUCUUUGAGGAAAAACUCCGAAACCUAUCUGAAGAAGAAUUCCUUGCUCAGAUUUCAGCUCUAAUAAAGCUUAAGCGAACAGAUGACUCCAAUCUUGGUGAAGAAGUGGACCGGAACUGGAACGAAGUGGUUACUCAACAGUAUUUGUUUGACAGACUGGCGCGAGAGAUUGUAGCACUGAAAAGCUUUACCAGAACACAUUUGCUGAAUUGGUUCUUAAUGCACAGAGGCAAGCACAAACGAGUCUUAAGCACUCAUGUGGUUGGAUAUGGUAAACAGGAAGGAGAUGUAGAAGCUCCACAAACCUCCACUACUAAAGAAUCUUUAUUUGGCAAAACACCUGAACUAACAUUUUUGCCCUCUUCUCCUCGACUGAAUCUCCCUGCAAUUAGAGAUAUCCGAGCUUUUACCUCAACUCUUAACAUUCUUCCUUACCACAGGAUAGUAAAAUAAAGUUUCAGCAGUUUCACCCCA